AUGCCUCGUGGACCCCCGCCCCUGACCUCGAUCCGCUUCCCGGAUCGGGCAGGGAGACCUCCGAGGUCGGGCAGGCUCCUGGACGAACCGGGCGUGGUGGGGCCGGGAGAGGAGGGGGUGAUGGCCGGCGGGUGGGACGCCUCGGUUAGUCCACCCCCUCUGCCUGCUGCUCCCGGCCUGUUUCCCCGGGAGAACCGGGCGCAGAGCGCGCCUCUCGAAACUCGGGUACCACUGCGCAGCGUCGUGCUGCCCCCUGCUGGCCUCGGGGCCGAAUGUCGGCCGAGCAGUGAGGCCUUGGGGCUGCAGCAUCGAGGCCGGCAGAGGAACGAACGUCCCGGGUCCUGGCCGCCCCAGGCGAGGCCACCAAGCACCCCGUCCCCGCGUCCUCUCCCCGCGGGGCCGGAGGCCGCGGGCAGCCAUCUUCCAGGCGAACUGGGGCCCUGGCCAGCAGCAUUUCCCGGCGGCCUCCUCCCUCGCUCCGAGCGGCAUGACCUCAUCGGGAAGCCAUUCCGGAAAGGAGCUGCAGAGCCCCUGGGAGUGGGAGUGGAGUGGAGCUUUCCAAGGGCCCUCCUGGCAGCCUCCGGUGCCAGACCAGGGCGGGCGUCACGCCUCCGGGUGUCUGCCUGCCGGGCGACCGCUGGGAGGGCAGCUGGCUUUUGUCAGCUCUUCGGGGUGACCGGGCCAGGCGGGAGCAGGCAGGCAGCAGCGCACUGGCCCCGGGGCUGGCUGGCUACCUGGCGGGUGGAGGAAGGCUUUCAAGAGCCAGAACCGAAGGACUGGACGGGAGGGGAAGCCGGGCCCAAGCUGGUGGCAGAGGCCUUGGCUCCCCCUCAUCCAGCACCUCUCCCUCCGAGUUCUCGCCCUCCCCCGCCCGUGGCCCCAAGGAGCAGUGGACAUGAGUGA